UUGAUGCUGUCACAGACCAGCUCCGUGUCCCCACUGGAGAAGGGGAAAACUGAGCCCUUGGCAGCACAUGGACAGAGCUCCUGUUCCUCACAGCACCCUCAGCCAGCACAAACAAGGGAAAGGAAAAGCGUUUCAGUUUAGGGGAUUUCUAUGAGAAAUAAAGUGGCUUUGCUUAGAGGAGUCUGUCUUAACUUCUCCCUGUCCUUUCCUGUUUCUGAACAGUGUCCCUGUGCUGGGAAGCAGCAAAUGUGCAACAGCAGCUCCAUGGCCCAGUUCCUCCUCCUGGCAUUGGCAGACAGGCGGGAGCUGCAGCUCCUGCACUUCUGGCUCUUCCUGGCCAUCUCCCUGGCUGCCCUCCUGGCCAAGGGCCUCAUCCUCAGCGCCGUAGCCUGCGACCACCACCUGCACACCCCCAUGGGCUUCUUCCUGCUCAACCUCUCCCUCACAGACCUGGGCUGCAUCUGCACCACUGUCCCCAAAGCCAUGCACAAUUCCCUCCAUAACACCACAACCAUCUCCUACACUGGAUGUGCUGCACAGCUCUUUUUCUUUCUGUUCUUCAUCUCAUCAGAGUUUUCCCUCCUCACCAUCAUGUGCUACGACCGCUACGUUGCCAUCUGCAAACCCCUGCACUACGGGACCCUCCUGGGCAGCAGAGCUUGUGCCCACAUGGCAGCAGCUGCCUGGACCACUGGCUUUCUCACUGCUCUGCUGCACACAGCCAAUACAUUUUCCCUGCCCCUGUGCCAGGGCAAUGCCCUGGGCCAGUUCUUCUGUGAAAUCCCACACAUCCUCAAGCUCUCCUGCUCACACUCCUAUGUCAGGGAACUUGGGCUCAUUGUGGUUGCUGUCUCUUUAUCAUUUGGAUGUUUUGUUUUCAUUGUUUUCUCCUAUGUGCAGAUCUUCGGGGCUGUGCUGAGGAUCCCCUCUGAGCAGGGACGGCACAAAGCCUUUUCCACAUGCCUCCCUCACCUGGCUGUGGUCUCUCUGUUUAUCAGCACCUCAUUCUUUGCCUACCUGAAGCCCCCCUCCACCUCCUCCCCAUCCCUGGAUCUGGUGGUGUCGGUUCUGUACUCAGUGAUUCUUCCAGCACUGAACCCCCUCAUCUACAGCCUGAGGAACCAGGAGCUCAAGGAUGCCCUCAGGAAACUCAUAACUGGGUGUUUUUCAGAAGCACUAAACUCUCCUUCUUCUGCAUGUUAUGGACCUCAUUAAAGGCCAAUCCUGUUGUGGACUUCACUAAAGGCCCACCAUAUCUUCUCUAUUUUUUGCUUCUGGUAGGGAUGUUAUUUUUGUGAAAAUUUGUUCACAGAAAAAAUCUUUACAUAUCUAAAUAUAUAUAUAUAAACAUAUAUAUAUAUUUAUAUGUACACAUAAACACCAUUUUCAAUUCAGUGUUUGCCUUUCUAGCCUGGCCCAGAGGCUGU